AUGGCAUCAGGUUCUAACUCGGAGUGUGCUACCAAUGUCAAGUUCAAACACUUUGAUGUUGUGCCAGAGGCAUCAGAUCAUUACUACCGCGAUUCUAAACUAUCAUAUUUCAGUAAUGCAGACAAUUCUGUGUAUCGGAAAAUCAUGAAAGAAUGGAGAAGUCUCGAAAAAGAUCUUCCUGAAUCCAUCUAUGUCCAAGUUUACGAGACUAGAAUUAAUCUGCUUCGUGCUGUGAUUAUUGGCGCUGAAGGGACGCCUUAUCACAAUGGUCUCUUCUUCUUUGACAUUUGCCUACCGUAUGAUUAUCCAAGACAACCUCCGAAAGUUUACUAUCAUGCACACGGCAUUCGUUUGAAUCCAAAUCUUUAUCCUAAUGGAAAAGUUUGUUUGAGCCUACUCAACACCUGGUCCGGGUCUAAAAAGGAGAUGUGGACACAGAAUUCGACUAUUCUUCAGGUUUUGGUCUCUAUUCAAGGGCUCAUACUUAACGAGAGACCCCUUUUCAACGAACCUUUCAGUGUAGAAUCCAAUAAUACCAAGAAUCCAGUUUGGAUCAAGCAAUUUGUGGCUUAUAAUGAGAAAGUGUUCAUUUUGUCUUGUAAGACAAUGAUCUACACAAUGCGUAAUCCGCCAAAGAAUUUUGAGAUUUUUGUCGUUGAAUACUUCUCCAAGAAUGCAAAUUCCAUACUGGCGUCCGUUAUCGCUCAACAAGAUCAACAUCUGCUGGUUGGUUUAUGUUCGAUCAAGGCUUCGUCCUCGUUUAAGUCGGAAUUGAAAAAGAUGCAUUCAAAACUCAAAAAGGUGUUUGAUAUAAUAUCAGAGCCAAACAUCAAGAACUCUGAGAAAUUUGAGAAGAUUAGAGCAUCGCUACCAGGUCGAAGCACAAUAUUAGCAUCAAUAAUUCGUUUAAUACAAUCAUCAUCAACAAGGUUUUGGAGCUUUUCCGUAUCCCAACCUGUAUCCGACAACAAAUCCUUUACUUGGAGUUUCUCGUUUGAUUUCUCAGGUAAGUGCAACAAUGAAGCCCUCAAGGAAGAAUUGGAAGAGAAACGAAGGGCACAGGUGGUGGCCAAGCUUCAUGCUAUAUUACGUCCUUUUCUCCUACGCAGAAUGAAAUCAGAUGUAGAACAAAUGCUUCCUCGUAAAAAGGAAAUUAUAAUAUAUGCUACAUUGACUGCUUAUCAGAAGAACUUCCAGGACCAUCUCAUUAAUCGGACACUGGAAAAUCACUUGCGAGAGACGGUGGAUACCGGGCGUGGCAUGAAAGGAAAGCUGAAUAAUUUGAUGAUUCAACUUAGGAAGAACUGCAAUCACCCUGACUUGUUGGAGUCUGCUUUUGAUGGUUCUUAUUUUUACCCACCUGUUGAACAGAUAGUGGGGCAGUGUGGCAAAUUUCAGUUGCUGGAUAGAUUGCUGGCCAAGCUGUUUGAGCGCAAGCACAAAGUUUUGAUCUUCUCUCAAUGGACAAAAAUUUUGGACAUAAUGGAGUACUAUUUUUCGGAAAAAGGGUUUGAAGUAUGUAGAAUUGAUGGCAAUGUGAAGUUGGCAGAAAGAAAAAGACAGGUGAUUGCAAUAUCUCUUUUUCAUAUGGAACAUCUGAGUAUAUUCUGUUGUUGCAACCUUCUAGGUUUUGUAUUACAGUAG